AUGUCUUUCCUAAAACAAACUCUCCUAGCAGCCCUAGCAACAGGAUCCUUACCCCAAUCAAGCGCCAACAGCUACUACCGCUCACGACCCGACCUCAUACCGCCUCAGUUAAACAUCACCACCCCCGCCGCAGACGCCAAUGGGUCCGAAUACAUCUUCAUUACCCCUUACUCUAUGGGGGGGACACUCGAGAGGCCUGGUCCUUAUAUCUACCGCAAAGACGGUGACCUAGUGUGGGCCGGCACAGGAUACUAUGCCGGGUUCGUGGCUAAUUUCCAUCCUACCACAUACAAGGGAAAACAGGUUCUCCAGGCAUUUCAAGGGAAUAUGGAUAUGUCCCACGGUGAAGGGUUCGGUCAGCAUGUUUUGCUGGAUCAGAGUUAUCAACACGUUGUUACCUCGACCGCCGGGAAGCAUCGUGUUUCGUCGCUUCAUGAGUUCAAUGUUAUUCGGGGAGAGACAGCUUUAAUUGAGGUCUUUUAUACCACUCCGGCAAAUUUAUCGGCUUACGGUGGGAAUUCGUCGCAGCAGUGGUUGGGGAAUGGGAUUUUUCAAGAAAAUAAUAUUGCCACUGGAGAAUUGAUCUUUGAGUGGAAUGCUUUGGAACAUGUUGACCCAUCUGAAAGCCUGGUGACAUUAGGUUCUACAAAUGAUAAUAGCGGCUUGUCCCCCGCUAACGCAUGGGAUUACUUCCACAUCAACAGCCUUGACAAAGAUGAAGAAGGCCACUACCUACUCUCAUCCCGACACACGAGCACGAUAUUCAAGAUCAACGGCACAGAUGGCUCAAUCAUCUGGCGGCUUGGUGGCAAGUACCCUAGCUUUUCGCAAAUCGGCAACUGGACCUUCGGAUUCCAACACCAUGCCCGCUGGCAACCACAACUAAGCGAGCCCGGGACUGAGGUAAUCUCGUUCUUCGACAACUCUGGCGACGGUACUAUCACAUUCAAUGAGGUAUCCCGCGCAUUGGUCGUCCAGAUCAACCAUACAGAUAGCACGGCGACAGUGCUCCGCAAGACAACCGCACCUUAUCAUUUGCAGGCAGAAUCCCAAGGAAAUGCGCAGCUGCUUUCUGGAGACCGAAUCUUUGUUAACUGGGGAUCGGAGGGUGCUGUUACAGAAUUUGGUGUUGACAAUGAGAUUCUGUACCACGCUUUUAUCCAGACUGGGUCGGUCAGCUACCGUGGUUUCUUGGGGAACUGGACUGCUAAGCCCAAGGAAAGUCCGGCGCUAGUUGCGCUAAAAACAUGUUCUAAUAUUGUCGAGCUGUAUGUGUCUUGGAAUGGAGAUACCGAGACUUCAGCUUGGAGAUUCUUUUAUGUCGACGGGAAGAAGAAGACGCGAGUUGGCCAAGUGGAUAGGAAUUCCUUUGAGACGGCUUUGAUUUGGAAGUCGACUUUUGAGCUGUCUCCUUCUGCUAGAUUUAUUGCCCAGGCUGUUGGAGCGAAUGGGAAGUCUCUUGCGCAAACGAGUUUGACUGCUAUCACUGCCAACGUGAAGUUGCUGGCGUGA